UCGUAAUAAGCAAGGGUAUAAUGGCUUGCCGAUGUUGCUGCUGCUGCAGUUUUGGUCCAUUGAACGAGGAUAAUGCAAGAUUCUUUCUGCUGGCACUAUUGAUCAUCCUCUACCUCCUCUGUGGUGCCGCUGUCUUUUCAGCUCUGGAGCAGCCGAAAGAAAAGCAGGCAAAAGAGAAGUGGGCGCAGAAGUUUGACAAUUUCACGCAGAAGUACAAUCUUAGUAAAGCUGAGCUGGUGAACUUUCUGAGGGAUUAUGAAGACGCCAACGUUGCUGGGAUCCGUGUUGAUCACAUUCGACCACGCUGGGAUUUUACUGGAGCUUUUUAUUUUGCGGGGACGGUGGUUUCAACUAUAGGAUUUGGAAUGACCACACCUGCAACGAUUGGAGGGAAGAUAUUCCUGAUAUUUUAUGGCCUUAUCGGAUGUGCAGCUACCAUUCUGUUCUUUAACCUGUUUCUAGAACGUCUGAUCACGGUCUUGGCAUACAUCCUCAAGGCAUGCUACGAGAGGCAGCGACGGUGGAAAGGGGGAAUGCCCCAGGACAACAGAAGGAACUCAGAAGGGCGGGACAGCCUUGCUGGCUGGAAGCCCUCUGUUUAUUAUGUCAUGCUCAUCCUGUGUGUGGCAGCCAUUAUCAUCUCCUGUUGUGCCUCUGCCAUGUACACGGACAUUGAGGGCUGGACUUACUUUGACUCACUUUAUUUCUGCUUUGUGGCGUUUAGCACCAUUGGGUUUGGGGAUCUGGUCAGCAGCCAACACAUGAGGUACGAGAACCAAAGCCUCUACAGGUUGGGUAAUUUUGUCUUCAUCCUCAUGGGGGUCUGUUGCAUUUACUCUUUAUUUAACGUUAUAUCCAUUGUUAUAAAGCAGAUUCUGAACUGGAUUUUAAAGAAGCUAGACUGCCGCUGCUGCCAUCGGUGCCGACGAAAAGUGUUCAGGUCUCGAAGGAACGUCGUGAUGCCUGGUAACUUCCGGAACAGGCGGAAUAAUUCCAUUGAAACAGACAUAAUCCAUGAGAGCGAGACUGACGGCCGCAGAAUGUCUGGUGAGAUGAUCUCAAUGAAGGACUUCUUGGCUGCUAACAAGGUGUCCCUGGCCAUCAUGCAGAAGCAGCUUUCAGAGACAGCCAAUGGUAAUCCAAGGCAAUCAGGCUCCAACUCUCAACACAAUGGCUUUUCAGAGGGAGUAGGGGCCCUGGCAAUCAUGAACAACAGAUUGGCAGAGACCAGUGUUGACAGGUGA